AUGGGCCUCACAUCCCUCGACAACCCAGAGCAAUUCCCAGUCAAAUGCUGCCGAGAAGAACUCCCCCUCGAGGACGUCGUAUCUACAAUGGGCACUCGGAACAGAAAACGCUAUAUCUCACGAACAGAGGAGCAAGCCGUUCCUGCAGAUGAGCGGAUCUACUGUCCCCGAGCAAAGUGUGGACAAUGGAUUCACCCGAAUUCCAAAGGGCCUCGACCAGGUACGCGGCUUUGCACGCAGUGUCGGGCGAAAGUGUGUUGUGCGUGUCGGGAGUUUGCGCAUGGGCCUUGGCCUUGUGCGGAUGAUGAGAGUCUCAAGACUGUGCUGGACAUGGCGAAGGAUAAUAAGUGGCAGCGGUGUACGAAGUGUCAUUACAUGGUUGAGAAGGUGGAUGGGUGUAAUCACAUUCUGUGUCGAUGUGGGUAUCAUUUUUGGUAUGUUUGA